UAGCCUUUGGGUCCUGCAUCCAGAGCCUGUGUUGUACUUGAGAUGCCUGUGAGUUUGUGUGCAUAACACCUACAUCCAACCCUGUGCUUAACACUGCUGAUGUGUCUCUUUAUACCCCCAGCAUCCAACAGAUGUGGACUACAGGGUCAUGGCCACCUUCACUGAGUUCUAUACCACUCUUCUGGGUUUUGUGAACUUCCGCCUUUACCAGUCACUCAACCUUCACUAUCCACCCAAGCUAGAAGUUCAAGCCCAGGCAGAGACAAAGAUCAGCGAGGACACAUAUGCAUUGGAUUCUGAGAGCUCUAUGGAGAAACUAGCAGCGCUCAGUGCCAGUCUGGCCCAAGUGGUGGUGCCUACUAUAGAGGAGGCUGAGGCCGAUGAGUUUCCUACUGAUGGGGAGGUGACAGCACAGGAGGAAGAUCGCAGGAAAGAGCUGGAGGCACAGGAAAAACAAAAGAAACUCUUCGAAGGCCUGAAAUUCUUCCUGAACCGAGAGGUGCCCCGUGAAGCAUUGGCCUUUAUCAUCAGGAGUUUUGGUGGGGAUGUGUCCUGGGACAAGUCUUUGUGUAUCGGAGCCACCUAUGACAUCACAGACUCCUGCAUCACCCACCAGAUUGUUGACCGGCCUGGGCAGCAAACCCCCAUCAUUGGCAGGUACUACGUCCAGCCCCAGUGGGUGUUUGACUGUGUGAAUGCCCGGCUCCUCCUCCCUGUGGCAGAGUACUUCCCUGGGGUGCAGCUGCCCCCACACCUCUCACCCUUUGUAUCUGAGAAUGAAGGAGAUUACAUUCCCCCUGAGAAGCUGAAGCUACUGGCUCUGCAGCGGGGAGAAGAUCCAGGAGACUUGAAAGAGGAAGAGGACGAAGAUGAGGAUGAGGAUGAUGAAGAUGAUGACAACGAAGGUGAUGGGGAAGAAAGUGAGGCCAAGCGCCUGGCCAUCAUGAUGAUGAAAAAGCGGGAGAAGUACCUUUACCAAAAGAUCAUGUUUGGCAAGCGGCGCAAAAUCCGUGAGGCCAGCAAGCUGGCAGAGAAAAGGAAAGCCCAUGAUGACGCUGGGAGGUCUGAGAAAAAAGCCAAGAGGACAAGGCCUGUAUGAGCACCAGCUACCUCUCACUGGGAGUUGGACAAGGCAGAAGCAAGCUAGUGCAACUCACGAGUACCAGCCCAACACCCUCAUACUUUUGGUGGUGUUGACCAGCCCUAGCCUCCCGUGAAGUUCAUGCUGGUGUCUGGACAAAGAGGCCUCUACCCAGCCCAAUUCUUACUCCAGGAGUCUGACAAACAUCCUCAUUUUGCUUUGCUUUCCACAGCCUCCUACACAGCUGUGCCUGUAAUUCUCAGGAUGCUGUCUUGGAAUAAGGGUGGGGAGCUCUGAUUAAAUGGCUGGACUUUUGCAGUCAAUUGGA